CUUUCUCACUACUACAGUGCUUCACUAGGAUAACACCUGUCCGUCUUUGGUCACCAUCACUGCACCCUUUUUCUAUUAUUCUAACUGAAACAAACUCGCGUCCCAUAUUUUACUGAAAUCGUAACGAACAGACGCUUCUUAUUUCUGGAAUUUUUCCAAACAUCUAAUAAUAUUCUGUGAGGAAAAAUAUACAAAAUCUAGAGGGACAGUUUUUUGGAGAUGGGUGGAUCUGGAGCCGUUAGCUUCCUCAAAGUGCUGGCCAAGAAUUUCGAUAUUCUUGCUGGGCCUGUGGUUAGUCUGGUUUAUCCUCUAUAUGCGUCUAUUAGGGCAAUCGAGACAAAGUCGCCUGUUGAUGAUCAGCAAUGGCUUACUUAUUGGGUUCUUUACUCCAUGAUUACCUUGUUUGAGCUUACUUUUGCAAAACUUAUUGAAUGGUUACCUUUCUGGUCGUAUGCAAAGCUAAUAUUCACCUGCUGGUUAGUCAUACCGUACUUCAGUGGGGCUGCGUAUGUUUACGAGCAAUAUGUUAGGCCUUAUCUGGUCACUCGACAAAAGUCUGUGAAUAUCUGGUAUGUCCCUAAGAAGAAGGAUAUUUUCAGCAAGCCAGAUGACAUUCUAACGGCUGCAGAAAAAUACAUACAGGAAAAUGGGUCUGAGGCAUUCGAGAAGAUGAUUAAUAGGAAUAGAGAAACUUCUGCCAAGACUAGCAACUACACUUUCCACAACGACUAUAGAUAUGACGAGGAUUACAGCUUGAUGAGUACCCUACCAAGUUGCACUGAGGAUAGGGAUGCUGUGCAGGCCAUUAAUGGCUUGAAGAGAGGUUCUUAUCUUCUUAAAUAUGGGCGAUGGGGAAAACCAAAAUUCUUCCUAUUCCAGCUCUCCAAUGAUGAGAAAGCAUUAAUUUGGUAUUCUGGGAAAAAACAAAAACAGAUUCAACUCAGUCAAGUUUCAAGGAUUGUACCUGGACAACGUACUGCUGUAUUUCAGAGGUAUCCUCAACCUGAGAAGGAAUACCAAUCAUUUUCUCUUAUCCAUGGCAGAAGAUCGUUGGAUGUGAUAUGCAAAGACAAAUCUGAAGCGGAAAUCUGGUUCCUGGCCCUGCAGACAUUGGUUUCGCGGGGUAACUACAGAAAAUGGGGAACUGAAAUUAAGACUGACGCCUCAUUGUCAGGCUAUUCAAGUGAUCAAACAGAACAAUCUCUUUCCAUCGUGUCCAAUAGCAGUGAAGAUGCACUUCAAGAGGAUAAACAGAGCCUUCAAAUAAGUGAUCUAGCAUCUGAUAGAUUGCCUCAGAAAAGACUGGAGAAAGUACUUUCUGACAUAACCCUGCAGAAAACAUCAUCCCCGCAGUCCCCACAAAGAGAUUCUGGUCUCUUUUUUGGAAUGGUAAAUGGAAGUGUCUCCAGGAGAAACUCUGCAGAUACUUUCCGACUCAGUUCUUCCAGUGCCUUAAGCACAUUGAGUCAAGAAUCUUCUCCAGGAGAUAUUCCUUUAAGCAUCAUUUUCAUAUGUGGAGAAGGAAUUGAGGAUGGUCCGCUGGAUGGAGGCAUGCCCGAAACUGUUUCGGUAAAGGACGCAUUUUCUCCAAAAAUUCUGGAAUCUGCUUCAACACUCGAUGCUCAACACAUUGCUCUCGGCAGUAGACACGCGGUACUGAUCACAAGACAAGGACAUGUUUUUAGUUGGGGAGAUGGCUUGGGUGGAAAGCUGGGGCAUGGAUCACAAGCCAAUGUGCCGAAUCCUCAGCUCAUUAAUUCUCUUUCCGGGUCAAAAAUCGUUUCAGUCGGAUGUGGAGAAUAUCACACCUGUGCCGUAACACUAUCCGGAGACUUGUACACAUGGGGAGACGGCCUCCACAACUCUGGCCUCCUCGGCCAUGGCACCGAACUCAGUUACUGGGCCCCACGGAAAGUUCGGGGCACGUUGGAAGGCAUCUGUGUGACUUCUGUAUCUUGUGGGCCCUGGCAUUCAGCCGCUAUCACGUCACUAGGUCAGCUGUUUACGUUCGGCGACGGGACUUUCGGCGCACUAGGUCACGGGGAUAACUCGUGCACGGGUUUCCCGAGGGAAGUUUUGGCUCUAAAAGGACAAAAGGCCGUAAGAAUAUCUUGCGGGUUUUGGCAUACUGCUGCAAUAAUAGAGGUUUGUUCCGAAUCUCCAACUGGGAAGCUGUUCACUUGGGGAAAUGGAGACGAAGGUCAGCUCGGUCAAGGUGAUAAACUAUGCCGACUAGUUCCAAACAGUGUUACUAUGCCUAUUGACAAAAACUUCUGCCAAGUAGCCUGUGGGCAAUGUGUUACAGUUGCACUCACCGAAUGUGGACAAGUAUAUUCAAUGGGAAGCACUGUUUCUGGAGACAUGCAUAUAUUACCCACACGUGUCGAGGGUAAACUAAAGAACUGCUUCGUCAAAGAAAUAUCGUGCGGCUCCCAUCAUGUUGUUGCCCUGACAUCAUCAUCCGAGGUGUUCACCUGGGGAAAGGGCAAAAACGGUCAGUUAGGCCAUGGGGACAAUACCAACCGAAAUUCACCUACUGCAGUUAAAUCCUUUGAGGGGAGAAUAGUAAAGAGGGUCGUCUGUGGAAAGAAUUUCACGGCCGUAAUUUGUCUUCAGCAACUGGUAUGCCCAUCCGACUACUCGAUUUGUGCCAGAUGUCGUAAUCCAUUCAACUUCAAGCGCAAGCGGCGCAACUGCUACAACUGUGGGUUGUUUUUCUGCAAAGCGUGUGCCAGUAACAAAUCUCUAGGAGCUUCCUUAGCUUUAAACCAGAACAAGUUGUAUCGCGUGUGUGAAGACUGUUUUGCUAAGCUAAAAAAUGGUUCGGGCAACCGAACAACCUCCCGGCCUCCAAAGUCGAGCAGCAGUCCGUGCGUGAUUGCCAGCCCCAGCAAUGAGCCAAAGAAAGACUCCUCCAAACCUAAAAAACAAGGACUAUCGUCUUUCAACUCGUUCAGGAGGUCCAGCAAGCUUACUGAGGCGAAUCAGAAGAUAGAUUCGGGCAGUAGAAAUCUGAGGUGCACCAAGUCCUUUCUGUCGAGCCGGUCAACGUCCAUGUUUGACAUCUGUGAAGGGUUGCAUGCUUCACUUCAGGAUUCGAAGCUGCAGUCAGGAUCUUCUCCUUUCUCCACAAAGUCAAGCCCAGCUGCCCUUUCACUUCCCUCUUCGCUUUGUAACAUUCCUGACCAUGAAGAAGCUGUUGAUGAUCCAAAUCAAGUAACUGAAGAUCUUACUGAAGAAAUCUCUUUUUUGCGGGAACAGGUAGAAGCUCUCACCCAGAAGUCCGAGUCCCUUGCAGAAGAACUCGAGAGAACAUCAAAUCAACUAAGUGAGGCCACUGCACUAUUCAAGGUCGAGUCCGGGAAAAAUAAUGCUGCCAAGGCCUCAAUAAAGUAUCUCACGAGUCAGUUGAAAGAAAUGGAUGCAAGGGUAUCUCAAGGGCCUUCUUGUCGGGCAAUAGGUCCGCUUGGUGAUAAGACAUGGCAUGUUAUAAACACUGCUUCCACAUGAAGCUGAAAAUCGGCCAAGAAGAUAUGAUCUGAACCAAGUACAUAGUCUUCCUCGUGCCAGAUUUAGUUUAGGAAUCUCUAAAUUUCUUUGAGCUAAUAGAGGGAUCGAAUUUGUAUCAAGCUUUAGGUUGAAUAAACAGAAAAUCAGUAUCAUGCUUGCUACAAUUAGAAUAGUUUCUUAGCUUAAAGUGAAGGUGGUUCUCCUAGUAGCUAUAUAGCUAGAAGGUUUUGGUUUUGUAUUUCAAUCCAUUAAGAUAGUAUUUUGGGUUGAAGAGUCUCGGAUUCAUUUCGAAUUGUUAUGUGCUUGGAUAACUUCAAGCUACUAUGAGCUUCAUAAUUAGUUUGUGUUGUUUAUAGUGUUUUUGCAUAAAAUAGGUUUGAG